AUGGCACGAUUCCUCAUCACCGGCUCCAGCGACGGCAUCGGUCUUGCGACUGCCAAAGUUCUUGCUGGAAAGGGCCACUCCGUUGUUCUCCAUGCGCGAAACAGCGCUCGCGCCGAGUCUACUCGACAAGCCGUCCCCCAAGCUGAAGCCGUCCUCGUCGCCGAUCUGCGCUCUGUCACCGAAACCAAACAGCUAGCUCAAGAAGCCAACAAGCUGGGCAACGGGACAUUUGACGCAAUUAUCCACAACGCAGGCAUCGGCUACGGCUCAACUUCAAGUCGCGAAAUCACCGCCGACAAGAUCUCGGCUGUUUUUGCCGUGAAUACACUAGCGCCAUACAUUCUGACAUGUCUGAUGAAGAAGCCGACGUCGCGAUUGCUGUAUAUGAGUUCGGAUAGCCAUUACGGGGGCGACGAGAGCUUGCGCAAUGCGACGCAGUCCCAUUCAUACAGUGAUAGUAAGCUUCAUGAUGUGAUGCUUGCUAAUGCGUUUGCGCGGCGCUGGGGCGGGGAUAUCCAGGUUGUGAGUAUGCAUCCUGGUUGGGUGCGGACUAAGAUGGGAGGAAGUAUGGCUUCGUCGGGGCUGGAGGAGACGGGGGACGCGAUUGCUGACUGGGCGAUGGGGGUGGGCAACCUGGCGAAUCUUCCAAGUGGGUCAUUCUUGACUAUUGCGGGUGCGAGAUCGACGCAUCCUGGUGCUGGAAAGGUGGAAAAGCAGGAGGAGCUGUUGAAGCUUUGCAGGGAAGUCUCUGGCGUUGCCAUUCCCGGAGAAUAG